AUGCCAUUCUACCUCAAGGACAAAUACUACCGGGUUAUGGCCUCUAUCUUCAAAAUCAGUAGAGGAGACCGUCAUAGUAUCCACUGGAAUGACUUCGUGCAUACCAUGAAAGCCCUGGGGUACGCUUACUCCAACGACAAAGGCUCCAAACGUACCUUCAAACCGCGUCGUGUGGAGCUUAAGCAUGACUUCAAGUCGCGCGAGCCCAAGGAGGGGCAACUAGAGCCUUACCGUCAAGAUGAUAUGGCACCCAAGUUGACCGCGAAGUUAGGCUGGACGGCCAGUUCUUUCAAGUUGAAGGAGUGA